UUGAUUCAUUCGUUUGUUUUGUUUGUCAAUGUUUACCCUUUCCGGUAUUUUUCUGUUUAAUUUUCUUCAAUAUUCUUGCAAAACGAAGCUUUUUAAGUAAUAACAAUAAAUGUUCAAGUUUAUCUAGCAGUUGCACCUUCACGUUACAUUAUGGCGUACGGAAAAACUCACAGGUUCCUUCUUCGCUCGAUUGCUAGCCGUGGAGUGAUGUCCAUCAUUGAAGUAGAAAAUGCUGUUAAAGCUUUUACAGAUGAAGAACUACCACUACCAGAGAUGAUAAGAGCAAUAAAUGAAGAAAUCAGACCAUUCCAGCAAAAUAUAAAGUAUGUGAAAGACGAACUGAGCAACGAUGAGCUUCUAGUGUUCCUAUCCCUGGGCUAUGAUGAUGCAACUAAAGCUCAGAACAUUUUCUCUCCGAAUGAACUAGAGCUGUUCCGGUUGCUUCUUGAAGAAAUCAUGAGCACUGAAACUCGUCAAGUUACAGGAAUAAAUGCAAUCAAUUUGGUUGGUAAAAUGAAAGGGUCUUUUUCUAAAACUGAUGCUCAGAAACUCCUGACCCGCUGGUGUAGGAUGCAUUACCUGGACAAAGAUGAGAAUAACUAUGCCCUCGGAGUGCGGGCAAUCCACGAGUUUGAGUCGUACUUCCGUCAAAACAUGCCGGACACCAUUGAAGAGUGCUUUCUGUGUAAACAGAUUGUCUUUAGGGGAUACAACUGUCCUGCCUGUGGCCUGGCAGUUCACACUCGGUGCCUCAACAGCUACUUGGAAAAGGUACAGAAGUGGCCCUGCUGCAAGGCUGACUACAGCGCAUCACAGAUUGAACGACUUCAUGGGAGUUCCAGGCAUUCCGUGACUCAACAACAGGAGAAUCUAGAACAAUCCGAGCAAUACAACACCAUAGCCGAGCCACUGACCGAGGAGACACUGAAUGAGACAGAAGAUAUUGAGCAGACUCAGUCCACUCAGAUGGGCAUAUCACAGUGUGUGACGAGAAAGAGAAAACGACAGAGGGAGUGAGUGAGAUGACGCUAUUUUUGUUUAUGUUGCCAUAGGAGCUAAGUUUAGUAUUUCAGAGUUCAUGUUUUGUUUAUGAUUGUGUCUAGAUUUUUUUGUUUGGAUUGUUCUGUCUUUUUGUUGUUUGAAAAUAUUAGUUCCUAUGGCAUAAAAGUAAUGUUGAUUUGAUUUGAAUGAUCUGCCAAAUAAUUUUACUAAGGACUACUUUGUAAAAGUAUUGGUUUUUUGGUAGAUCAUGCAGUAGAUAGCUAGCUAGUUUGUAUUAUUAUUAUGUUUUAAUAAGAAAGCGUGGUCGUUAACUAACCAAAACCUUAUUGUUGAUUUGUUUAGGACUUAAACUACGAAAUAAAUGAUACAAUAAUAUUU